UUUUAUAGCCAACUAAUCAUAUCACUCACUUCUCUACUAACCGAUGUGGGACAAAUUACAGUUUCAAAUAUCUCUUCUUCGGUUUUCUCCUUCUUAAAAGUUUAAACCCCCAAAUUAGGGAUAACUUUUUUAAAUGAUGACGACGACGACGACGAUUUCUCAGCAUGAUUUCUAUGGCGAUGAAGAUUCGGAAACUUCAGUUUCUGUAUCUGUCAUUGAGAAUAUGAAGGAAGAGUAUGGAUUGUUUGUUUGGCCUUGUAGCGUUAUCCUCGCUGAGUAUGUUUGGCAACACAGAUCUCGAUUUCAUGGCUCUUCAGUUCUCGAGCUUGGAGCUGGUACUUCCUUGCCUGGUUUAGUAGCUGCAAAGGUUGGAGCUAAUGUCAUUCUUACUGAUGAUGCAACUAAACCUGAGGUUUUGGACAAUAUGAGAAGAGUCUGUGAGCUUAACAAGCUGAACUGUAAUGUGAUGGGUCUCACUUGGGGAGUGUGGGAUGCACCGAUAUUCGACCUGCGCCCUAACAUUAUACUUGGGGCGGAUGUACUCUAUGAUUCAAGUGCAUUUGAUGAUCUCUUUGCGACUGUCUCAUUUCUGCUCCAAAAUUCUCCGGAUGCAGUUUUUAUUACCACAUAUCAUAACAGGAGUUUUUUUUUUUUUUUUUGUAAGUGGGCAUCAUCUAAUCGAGUUCCUGAUGGUAAAAUGGGGCCUCAAGUGCGUUCAACUUCGAGAUGGCUUCUCGUUCUUGCCUUCCCACAAGGCUUCUGUACUUAGUGGAAACAUUCAGUUGGUUGAGAUCGUAUUGAGUUCCAUAAAACAGCAGUUUGUUUGACUGUAACAGCCAUCUAAGUGGAUAAUAACCAAGAUCAAAGAGGUAUAACAUUUACUUCAUUGUAAGAUAAUCCACAGUUACUCUACUAUAGAAAGUGAUAAGCAGGAAUCCCUGAACUAGGGAUUUUAGUUUAAUCAAACGCAUAUACUUGUAAACAAGGAUCGGUGUAGCAUAGCCAAAGUUAGAUAGACUUUGACAAAGCUCCUUAGUGAUUGUUGAUUUCUUC